AUAAAUUCUAGGCCUAGCCUCUCUGCGCUAGCUAACAACAACCAUCGUUGCGGCAAACGUGUUGCGUUUGCACGGCUGCAAUAUUCAGCAAGAGAUCACGGCUCCAUAGCCUCGGCUGCCUGGGGUGGAAGGAAAGCAAGGCAGCGAUUACAAGAAUUGAAAAAUAAAUUUGGAAAGAAUUUUGAUCUCAAGAUUUCUGAAAUGUCCGGUGUAAACGUAGAGGAGAUCCUUGCUCCGUUGAGGCAACUGGUUAAGGAGCAGGGUGACUUGGUUCGCAAGAUGAAAGAAGAUAAUUUACCAGAAGUAGAUGUCAAAAAGGCUAUUGUGGAGCUUAAGGCUCGGAAGAAGGCAUUAGAAGACAAGGAACUAGCCCUCAUGCCAAAAGACAAUUUUGAUCGUGCUAAGAUGGAAGAUACACUGAAACGGCGCUUCUUCUAUGACCAAUCAUUCUCAAUUUAUGGAGGUGUGAGUGGCCUGUAUGACUUUGGUCCAACCGGCUGCGCUAUGAAGUCCAACUUCAUCAACGAGUGGCGUAAGCAUUUUGUCAUUGAAGAGGGAAUGCUGGAGGUUGAUUGUAGCAUAUUAACACCAGAAGUUGUUUUCAAGGCCUCUGGACAUGUGGAGAGGUUUUCUGACUAUAUGGUGAAAGACCAAAAGACAGGUGAAUGUUUCAGAGCAGAUCAUCUUCUGAAAGCUCAUCUAGAAAAAGUGAUGUCAGAAAAGGGUUGCACAGACGACAAGAAGAAUGAAUGCCUCGGAGUUAUUUCGCAGUUGGAUAAUUUUGAUAAGGAUGCACUCACAGAAAUGUUCAAAACAUAUAAUGUUGUGUCACCAACCACAAACAAUCCUCUGUCGGACCCAAUGGAAUUUAAUCUGAUGUUUGGUACCAACAUUGGUCCUGGAAGCGGAUUACAAGGAUAUCUCCGACCAGAAACAGCGCAAGGAAUAUUUGUCAACUUUAAAAGGCUCCUUGAAUUCAACCAAGGCCGACUCCCAUUUGCUGCAGCUCAGGUUGGUCAGGCCUUCAGGAAUGAGAUCUCCCCUAGGUCUGGCCUCAUACGAGUCAGAGAAUUCACAAUGUGUGAGAUAGAGCACUUUAUAGAUCCUUCCAACAAAGAUCAUCCAAACUUUGAGUCUGUAGCUGGUCUGUCCCUGACCCUCUUUCCUGUAGAUGAACAGAUGUCCGGUAAAUCCUCUGUUACAACAACCAUUGGGGAGGCCAUUGAUAAGGGCAUCAUCAAGAGCAAGGUUCUAGGUUAUUUUAUCGGACGUACAUACCUGUUCCUAACGAAGGUAGGCGUCGACCCAGCUAAGUUGCGAUUUAGGCAACACAUGCAGAAUGAGAUGGCUCACUAUGCGUGUGACUGCUGGGACGCUGAGUGCAGAGUAUCCUAUGGCUGGGUAGAGUGUGUAGGCUGUGCUGAUCGUUCUUGCUACGAUUUAUGCUGCCAUAUGAAGUUCAGCAAGGUGCCACUAGUUGCAGAAAAAAAUCUACCUGAGCCAAUUAUCAAAGAUGUUGUUGAAGUUGUUCCACAAAAAAGUGUAAUGGGAAAGGCUUUCAAGAAAGAUGCAAAGUCAAUAAUGAGCCUCCUAGCAACAUAUACAGAAGAAGACACGCUGAAAAUUGAGAACGCUUUCAAAGACAACGGAGAAUAUUCUGUUGAAGCUGAUGGUAAAACCUUUGUCUUGAAGCCAGAUAUGGUACAAAUUAAGAAAUAUCAGAAGAAAGUUCAUGUCGAAGAAAUAACACCUGGGGUGAUCGAACCAUCGUUCGGUGUCGGACGUAUCAUGUACGCAAUCCUUGAACACAACUUCAAGGUCAGAGAAGGAGAUGCACAAAGAACGUAUUUCAGCUUGCCUCCUGUGAUUGCACCAUUCAAGUGCUCAGUGCUACCUCUUAGUAACAACCCGGAAUUUCUACCAUUGGUCAAAUCACUUUGGUUGGGUUGGAGGAGAACAUGCAUGUUUGCGUGUUGA